CGCCACCCCUUAUUCAUUUGACCUCUCACUGUGGUAUCACUUCUGCUUAGGCUAAGGGUCAGUUUACGGGUUAUCUCGAAAAUAACAACAAGGAAAGAAGUUAAAGAAGAGGCUUGGAAACGAACCUCUUCCCCUUUCACAUCAUGCUCCUUCCCGCCAUCGCGUUAUUGUUCUUCUCACGGUAUCUACAUCUUGAACGCCUAUGUUCCCAUUUAUAUCUCACUUCUAUUGAUUGACUUGUCGCCAAUGCUAGAAGACUGUCAGUAUUGGCAGUCACAUCGCUCACUCGAUCAAAAAUUCCAUCUUAUAGUCCCUUCUCUCCAUUUCCUACUAUCUAGUUUCUUGCACUUCGACUAACAACGGUCAAUCAUACCCUGUAAGGUCCCUCAACAUUCUAAAUCAUGUGCUGCACCCGUUAUGACUGAUAAAAGAUACGGCCUUGCACGUGGGUCUACUACCAUUACUCCGAUAUCCUCAGGAAUGGACGACCUGCCGUGCCAUGUCAUUGAUAUGCUAAGUCAUGCCAGUGCGCAACUGUUAUCCCAACAGCAGCCAGUAAUCUCUUGCCACCUUGCGAAUCAUUGCGAUAUCCAGAUCAGCACUACUAAUUCAACUCAUCGUCAAAAAAGGUUCUUUUCAAAGAGCCAUAUUGAACAGUGCACAAUGAAUGACAAAACUGCCACAUAUCCUGUACACUGCCAAUCAGUCUUAGAGAUUACGCACCCCAGUAAUCCAGCUGGCUAUUCCUAUUCACAUGCCCCCAGAACCCGGCUCGGUGAUCAACAGUCUGAUCCUUGCAGGCGAGCUCAACUUCAGAUAAACUAUUUAAACUCCCUAGCAGCCCGAGUGCCCUCUUUCGGCUCACUAGCUAGCGAAUUUCGCAGCAAGGAAACCCUGCGAGAUUUACUAACCAACAUCGCCCGGGAAGCGCUUGAACGACAUUCCAAGCAGCAUGGCUAUACGACUAGAGAUAAAACCAUUGACCUCAAAUGCUUUGGCAGUCUGCGGAAUGGUUUCGCAUUGCCUGGGGCUGACCUUGAUCUAGUAAUGACCACCCAUGGAGAAGUGUUCCCAAAAGAUAUAGAAGCAAGGUGUCCCCAAAUUCUGUAUAAAGCAUUUCUUGAUGCCGGCUUCAAUGCUCAAUUAAUUCAAAAGGCCAGGAUUCUGAUCGUCAAAUUGUACGAACCUCCUUCCCAAGGUGUCUUAACCUCGCUCGGGGUUGAAAGCAGAGGACAGAAUAAUUACCGUUUUCCAAAGCAGGCUACAAAUCUGGAGGCCCUAUCUUCAGUAGACAUUCAAUGUGACCUCAAUUUUUCUGGGCGCUUGGUACUAUACAAUACCGAAUUACUUCGCUGUUACGCCCUAUGCGAUGAAAGGGUGCGUGUUAUUGGUCUUUUCGUGAAGAUGUGGGCCAAGGCUCGAAAAAUCAAUCGUCCCAACUAUGGAACACUCUCUUCGGAAGGCUACAUUCUCAUGGUCAUCCACUACUUGAUGAACGUGGUAGACCCGCCUUUGGUUCCUAAUCUUCAGCUUCUGGGUCGGCUGUCCCCUAGACACUCCAGCACUACGAAUCCUAGCAAGUACGAUAUCCGUUUUUUCAAAAAUGAGACUGAACUUAGGAAGAGAGCCUGGUAUAAUAUGACUUAUGGUAAUCGGCAAUCCGUGGGCGAGCUGCUUCGUGGCUUUUUCGCAUACUAUGGAAGCCGGUGCAAAACUACGCCCUCAGGCGCUUUCAAUUGGAUCCAGGACGUUAUUUCAAUUCGCACGCAGGGUGGCAUCCUUUCCAAACUGGAGAAAUUCUGGAACACCGCAAGGACUGACGAACAAGGACAUCGACUCAGGUUCCUCAUAGCAAUUGAGGACCCCUUCGAACACAACCAUAAUAUAGGCAGAACUGUCACAGACAAGGGUCUGGAAUCUAUCAGAGCAGAGUUCUCCCGCGCUCAGAUCAUCAUACGUAGAGUUCAGGAAAUUCCAGGAGUCGGGUGGGAAUGGCGAACGGACAAUGGCCACGUAGGUCAGGAUCUGCUUGCUGAAGCGGAAGAACACUUAAACCGACAACAACCCUGUAGAACGCCCAAAUUCGCCGGGUUCGACCAAGUGUCCAGUACUCGCGGUAUGGAUUUCUCGAGUGAAAUUGGUACCUAUAGCAGACUUAUAUGCCCCUCGGCAGCUGCCCAGAAGCAGCGGACACAGCGCGAGAAUUUUCAUCGACAAGCUACUCUCGCUGCAAACACGAUGCGACGAAUGUUGCGUAUUCCAGAUGGCCAAGACCCAGGCGCUUUUUACGGAGUGACUCUUGAUUCAAUGCAAUUCCAUAGAAGGGAUUCGGCUGCUCAAAGGCAAAUGAAUCAAUGCGCAACAGAUACGGCCAAUAUUGACCUGCUUGCUACGCUUCCUUUCAAUGAAAAGAGCCUCUGUUGAAAACCUGCUUUAGCUUUGUCAUUGAUUAGUUCCCCGUUCAUUAUUCUAAUCUCGGGUUCAAUGUCGUUAUGGUGGCAUGCACUGCUGGUAUUCAAAUAAAAGCUUUUC